AUGCGUUCCUUCAAGACCUUUGCCAUACUGAUCGUCUCGCUAUGCAUCGUCAUCGCAGUUUUGGUGCAAGGCAAAAAGCGUAACAAGGGCUCUCCGUGGCGGUUUGGUUCCAACUCUUGGAGUCUCUCUCGAAGCGACUUCUACUUCUACGCCUACUCGUUCAACCAAGAGAGCUGGCCGGACACGCCGUACACGAUGGAAGAGUUCGGCAACAACAGUGUCACGAUUAUGUGGGCCAACAAGCCAGCAAACAUGUCGGCGGCGAUCUGCAUCCAGGGCUCGUGGUCUGCAAAGAACUACGAGCUGAUCAGCGCGACCAUACGGACGUCGUACUUCAAAAAAACCUGGCUCGGCUUCACCACCUGCGAAGUGCGCAACUGGGACUGCCUCUACAUCGCCGGCCCCGACAACCAGUUCUAUAGCGAAGACGACGUCGAAUUUGACCGGAUGGCUGUCCGUUUGGACGAAACGAAAUGCACAUGGGACAUGGACACCAUGGAUGUCACCUGCCACACGGCUCCCUGA